AUGGCUACUAAAGUCAAUGAAUUCCGAUAUAUCACUGGCCAAGAAACAACGUCAACUGAAGUUCCACUAAAAGAUGCGUUGAUAGUUAAGCUUUCUAAUAGAAAAUUAACAUCAAAAGUGUUGGCGGCACUUCCCGCUAUGGAACCUGAUGUACUACAUUUAAAACGAGUAAAAGGCGAUACGAUAUUGGUUGGAUUGGCUCAAGAUGGAUUAGAAGAGGAUGUAAGGUAUCUUUUUAUUCUUUUGUGUUGUUUUUUAGGAGGAUAUUCUAUGGAAGUGACGGGAUUUGGUCAAUUUUGUUGAGGAACAUGUCUGAUUUUGACUUUUUGUAGCUUCAAAGGAUUUUACGUCUAAAGGUCUCAAAAUACACUGUUUUAGGACGCGUUUAAAAGCUCUCGAUCCGGACGAUGAACUAGUUUAUCAAACUCACCAAAUACCAACAAAAUCUCCUGUAACAAGAGCUCAAUUUGAAGAGUAUAAGGUUUAUUGGCCUGUUCAUUAUAGAGAAGAUCCUGAAUUAGAAAAGAAGGUAAUUGAUGAAUAUUUUAAGAGUACGAGGAGGGAUAAGCUGUUAAAAGAAUUGGAAAACACACAGAUAGCAGAUGGCUGUGUCAUAGUGGACGCCGAAUGUUCAACUACAUUGAGCAAGGCCUCUGAAGCCCGACCUAAAGGGCUGAAUCCUCUUAGACACCCUUUUAUGAGGGCUUUGGAGUUGUUCUGCGAGCGUCAGAAAGCCAGAAGGAAACGAUCUUUGAGUGGAGAUCAGUAUCUAUGCAAUAGUGAGUUUUUAUCAUGGAUUCUGUAAAGUUUAACAUCUAGUGUAAUUGAAUUUUUAAUUUGAUCUCAUUGUAGAUUGCAUUGUUCUUCUGGAAAACGAACCCUGCGCAAUGUGUGCUAUGGCAUUAGUUCACAGCCGUACAAUGACAGUAAUAUUCAAGAAUCCGUCAUCUAAUGGGGCGUUCGUAACAAAUUGUCAGUUACACCUGAAUAAAAAGCUGAACCAUCAUUAUGAUGUAUUUCACUUAAAAUAAUAUUAUUGUUAUAUUUUAAUAAACUUGUUGUUAUGUUUGAAAUCUUUUUGAAUAUUAUAUGUAAUUGCGCCGGAAGAACAACUUUAUUCAGAACGUUGACGUUUGAGUUGGGUCCUGGCACGAAAGAUUGAUUUUCGUAGCGAAAAUAAAUUAAAGUUUUUUGGGUGGCAAAUUUUGAUUGAACUGUUGAAAAUGCAGCUUUUAGAGGUUUUUUUCAUCUAUUUUCAUAUUCUUUAUGUGUAAUUUCCUUCACAAAACGAUUUUUGACUUUAUUUUUAUUAAUUUUAUAUUGUUUUAGGUUUAAGAAUGUCCGUUGAAGCUCUGCGCGCUGAGUUCCGUGCUAACCUGCCGGUCGCCAUGACCAUCAAAGCAGCCGAUAGCUUGUUGUACAAGUCUAACAGGACCUACACUCAAAUCCCACUCGAUGCUGCUCACAAGGGAGGACACCACAACAAGCGAGGUGGAAACCGUCGCAACUCGCACAACCCCAUCCGUGAAGCCAUCGAUGAGGCCAAGAGAACUCUGGAUGAUGUGAGAGGUGGAAAGGGUGGACGCAGAAAGAGAAACUCUCACAGCCGCAACCGUAAGUUGUUUUACUUUUUGUUUUCUUGGUUUUAGGUAUCAGAUUGGAUGAAUGUUACUGUUUUUGGUAAGUUUUUUGGGGGACUUCUGCUUUUUAAAAGGGAUUGAUGAAUAUUAUAAUCUUUUGGUUUUUUAGGUCGUAGCACAUGUGGCGACAACGAGCUUGACCAACUCCGCACUGAAGUGGCUGAUCUGAAGACGGAGAAUGCUGAUAUCAAGAAGGAGCUGGCCGAAAUCAAGGAAUUGGUCAAAAAGGUAUGUUCUUUUAUGUCUGGUUUUGAAUUUUUUUAGGUUGUUUUUAACGUUUAAAGGUUAAAUUAUGUUGUUUUUGGCUUUAAUUGCUGUUAAACUUUAUUAUUUAUCUUAUCAUAGGCAAUGAAGGGGAAUAACUGCUUUUUGUUGUCACUUUUUUGUAAAAAUAGCAAAAGAGUUGGAAGUUUAGGAUAACAUAGGUUACAUUAUUGUUCAGCUAAGCUAAUGAAAGUUGAUCUAUGUUAUUUCGUAUCUCUAACCUUAUUUUUGUUUUUCUGCAUUUGUUAUCACUUUUUGGGUAUUAUUUUUUUGAAGCUUUGAAGUUAGUUUUUCAAAUAGUUAAUUAGGGUCUUCUAGGAGCUAGUCCAGUCCGUUUUGGUCAUUGGAGAUGGAAAUCUGACUUUUUCUGCAGCUUUAUCUCAACUUUUGCCUAAUAUUCGGCUAGUUGGUUCUGUACUCGAAGCUUCAGAAGAACAAUUCAUUCAGCGUUAUCCUCGUGGAAUCAGAUCGUUAGAAGUAUUGAGAAGUUCUCCUCGUUGUGAAGUAAAGUUUGGUCUUGAUGCGACCAACUGUCCCGACUUUAUCGACCAAUUUGACUUCAUAAUUUGGAAUUUUCCGCAUUUUGGAGGCAAAACUAACAUAAGAAGGUCGAAAAUGUUGUUAGGACAAUGUUUUCAAAGUUUGGCGAUGAAGAUGAAGGAUUCAGCGAGGUUUCAGCUAUCUUUGACUUGUCUACAGGCUGGAUUUGAUGUUCCGAUGGAUGGGUUAUAUCAAAGAGAAGUUGUUGAACAUAGAAAAGAUUCUUGGAAUCCAAUUGAUGUGGCUGCUGAGUUUGGAUUCUAUCUUCAGAGGGCGUUUGAGUUCUUUCCGAUUGAUGGUUAUUUUUCAUCAGGAUAUUUGAAUAGAGAUCAGUUCUUUCACAAUCAUACAGCUAUUACUUUGGAGUUUGUCAAGAGGAAGAUACCUCUGAUCCUUCAAGACGCUGUAGACAUGGAAGAAGGUGUUCAAAUGAUCAAUACAACAGAAUUAACUGAUAAAGAAGAAGAAUUGGGUGUCGUUGACGAAAUCGAAGGCAAACGUUCUGCUUUUAAGACGAUGUUCAACAAGAUUUAUCCAUCAUACAGAUAUGAUAUCUCUAUAUUGUAUUCUGUAGACGUAGGAUUGGAGCACUAUGAAGGUGAAAUACUACGAUUUUUGAGGUCAAAGUAUGGUGUAAUUGUUAAAGAUGUUAAGGAGAAAAAAGAGUUGAGAUCUAUGCACAAUGGGCGUAUUAAUAGAAUUUAUACUUUGAUCUGGCAAUCGUCGUCUUUUCCGAUGAAUAAGAAGAUUUGCAAUUUACUGCAAGAUCAAUUGAGACAAGAGAUUAAGGAUUUUCUUCCAAACGGACUGGAUUUGAGUUAAAAUGUAAUUUUAUUGUUUUGAAAUUUUUUAACCUUAGAAAUUGUUAUAGAGCUGUGUUUUUGAGAUUUAAGGAUUCAUCAUGUUAAAGUCAAAGUUUAGACACAUUUUUAGGUAAUAAAAAACUGAAACAUUACAAAAAAUAACCUAAAAAUCGAUGUUAAUGCGAAUUAUUUUAGUUCUGUGGUGUUCAAGUCAGCUGCUCCGCUAAGGAAGCCGCUCCAGCCAAAGAAGCCGCUCCAGCUAAGGAAGAGAAGAAGGAUGAAGACUUCGACCUGUUCGGCUCUGAUGAAGAAGAAGAUGCCGAAGCUGCCAGAAUCCGCGAAGAACGUCUGAAGGCCUACGCUGCUAAGAAGGCGGCGAAACCAGGCCCAAUUGCCAAGUCUUCAGUCAUCUUGGACGUCAAACCAUGGGACGACGAGACCGACCUUAACGAGAUGGAGCGUCUUGUAAAGAGCAUCGAGCAAGACGGUCUGGUUUGGGGAGCUUGUAAGUUUUUAUUUCUGGUAUCAAUUUAAUGUUUUUUUUAAGUUUUUGGAUAUUUAAAGGAGAUUCAAGUCAAUCUUGUGGUUUAUGUUAACCAUGUAAUUUUAUGAUACUAAUUAUGUUAUUUCAGCUAAACUUAUCCCAGUCGGCUAUGGCAUCAAGAAACUUCAAGUUGUGUCGACCAUUGAGGACUUGAAAGUCUCAGUCGAUGAUUUGAUCGAGAAGAUUCAGGACGACUUUACCGAUCAUGUCCAAUCUGUCGACGUCGUCGCUUUCAACAAAAUUUAA